GCGGGCUUAGUCUAGGUCAGCUAACUACGUAAACGGGCAGUAAGGCAAGCGGCUCAGGGUCCCCCAAAAGGAAAAUGUCGGGCGGAAAAUCCCAACGUUGAAUUUUUGAGAAAUUUGAGUGACUUUCCGCUCCGGAGCUCUCCAUUUUUUCUAAAUUUCCCAAUUCCCCCAAUUCCUCAAUUCUCCCCCAUCCCACCAAACAAGAGCUUACCAACUACAUUAUUGGUAUUUCUCAUUCUUUUUUCUCAAUCUUGUCUUUUUAUCUUGCGGGAAUUUCCAUCAUCAAUUCCGACAAUAAUAGUAGACAUCAUGUUCUCGCGUGCUCUGCGAGUUCAAAGAGCAGUAGCGCCUCUUGCGCGUGUUCGAGCUGCUAGACCCCUCGCCGUUGCACCUUUCCGUACCGUCACGACAGAUGCUGCAUCCUCCCACGUUGACAAGAACGCCGUCCCCGAUGCCGACGACAAGCCCUUCCAAGUCACCUUGAGCGACGAGAGCUUCGAGACGUACGAGCUCGACCCACCCCCGUACACUCUCGAUUUCACCAAGAAGGAGCUCAAACAGAUGUACUACGAUAUGGUGGUUAUCCGACAGAUGGAAAUGGCCGCCGACCGAUUGUACAAGGAGAAGAAGAUCCGGGGUUUCUGCCACUUGUCCACUGGUCAAGAGGCCGUGGCCGUUGGUAUCGAGCAUGCGUUGACUAAGCAGGACGACAUCAUCACUGCCUACCGAUGCCACGGUUUCGCUCUGAUGCGCGGAGGUACCAUCCGAUCUAUCAUUGGUGAGCUCUUGGGCCGGCGUGAGGGAAUUGCGUACGGAAAGGGUGGUUCUAUGCACAUGUUCACCAAAGGUUUCUACGGCGGUAACGGUAUUGUCGGUGCUCAGGUCCCCGUCGGUGCUGGCUUGGCUUUUGCGCACAAGUACAACGGCAACAAGAACGCUGCGGUAAUAUUGUACGGUGACGGUGCUAGCAACCAGGGUCAAGUCUUUGAGGCUUUCAACAUGGCUAAGCUCUGGAACCUCCCGGCCUUGUUCGGCUGUGAAAACAACAAGUACGGUAUGGGUACGGCUGCCGCUCGGUCCUCCGCUCUCACAGACUACUACAAGCGUGGCCAGUACAUCCCCGGUCUCAAGGUAAAUGGCAUGGACGUUCUUGCGGUCAAGGCGGCCGUCAAGUACGGAAAGGAGUGGACCGUCGCAGGAAAUGGCCCGCUCGUCCUCGAAUACGUCACAUACCGAUACGGUGGUCACUCCAUGUCCGAUCCCGGCACCACAUACCGAACCCGAGAGGAAAUCCAGCGCAUGCGCUCCACCAACGACCCCAUCGCCGGCCUCAAGCAGAAGAUCCUAGACUGGUCCGUGUGCACUGAGGAGGAACUCAAGUCAAUCGACAAGGAGGCCCGAAAGCACGUCAAUGAGGAGGUUGCCAUCGCUGAGGCCAUGGCCGUCCCCGAGACCACCCCCCAGAUCUUAUACGAGGAUAUCUACGUCAAGGGAUCGGAACCGCAAUUCCUACGCGGCCGUACCCCCGACGAGAACUUCUACUUUAACUCGUAGAUUUUCUCUCAUGGAUACGGAGAAUCUAGGUAGUUACCUAGUAACCUUGUACUUGAUGCAUAGCACGCACGACUUUGAAGAAAUAGAAAAAUAAAUACCCGCCUAAUCAUGUACUUAUCUUUUUCCUCCUUCUUCUUCUCGUUAUUGCAAUGCACAAAUCUCGAUGACGACGACACCACCACUAACAACAACAACAACGACAAUGGCCAAUGAUGACGACGAAGUCCACAGUGUAGUAUUACAUAUUUAGAUAGAGAUGAAACGAACGGCCAUGGCUGGGACUGGAACGGACUGGACUGGACUGGACCGGAUGGUGAAUAGAAGAAAGGGGGGGCAGGGGGGAUAGUGGGAGGGGAGCGUAGGGGAAGGGGGGAGGGUUGGAGUAAUGUUAAAAG